AUGUCUCAGUCCAAACGCCUCCGCAUCGGUUACGUCCCCGAACACUUCUCCACCCCCCUCCACUUCGCCGCGCAACACUUCAACCUUGACGCCGAUCUAAUCCCCGAACCCCUCGGCACAGGCGCACUCGCUACCCGGCUGAAAACCGCAUCAACCUCCGACUUCGCCAUCGACGUAGCUGUGGGACUUACGGAAGGCUUCGUAGCGGAUCUGGGCAAGACACAAGCGGCGGGAGAUUCAGCGGCGUACGGGAUUGUGGGGACGUAUGUGGAGAGUCCGCUUUGUUGGGCUAUAUCAACCGGCGCGCAGAGGGACGAUGUGAGCAGUGUGCAGGAUUUGAAGGGGGGCAAGGUUGGGGUUAGCAGGAUUGGGAGUGGCAGUUAUGUUAUGAGCUACGUACUUGCGGAUCAGCACGGUUGGUUACAGCAAGGACAGGAUCCUUUCGGUGUAGAAGUGAUAGGCGAUUUCGCUGCGCUCCGACAGAGCGUACGACGUGAAGGAGAUAAGCCGGCGACGGACUUCUUCAUGUGGGAACACUUUACUACCAAACAUUACUGGGAUAAUGGCGAGUUGAAGAGGAUAGGAGAGAUAUAUACGCCGUGGCCUAGUUGGAUGAUUGUAGCGCGGAAUAGUGUACAUUCCGGUGACGGUGAUGGGAGGGUGAAUGAAAUGCUGCGGAAGAUUAAUGAGGGUGUCAAGUAUUAUCGUGAGCAUGCGGAGGAAGCGGUGGAGUUUAUUACGAGUACGAUGAGGUAUAGCGCUGAGGAUGCACGGGAGUGGAUGAAUACGGUGAAGUUUGCGGAGGAGGUGAGGGGUGUGAAGACGCAGACGGUGGAGGAGACGAUAUCUGUGUUGAAGAAAGCUGGCGUGCUUGGGGCGAAGGCUGAGGCGGGCGGGAUGAUUGCGUGA